AGCUGCUCCUAUAACUCGCUGAUUUCAACAUUUACAGCUACAAAAGAUACGUUUGAGUAGCGGAAAUUAAAGUAAUAAGAUUACUUUUCCAACGAGAAAUAUCUACAUUGUGACUUACAGGUUAAAUUGUUCAAGUAACCUGACCAACGCUGUAAAGGAAAUGCACUCUUGUUAAAUACAUACAGUAGGUUAGUUGUUCUCAAACAGAAGAAUGAAAGAAAAGAGACAGAUUUUCGUAUUCACAGGGAGUCACUGAUGGUGUUUCAGUCAUGAUGCUUCGCAGUCCACCUGGCAGGAGGCUACAGGGCAACACCGACACCACCGUUCAAGGAUGUAUGGAGGAUCAUGCAGUCGGUGAAAGAUGACGCAGCAAUAAUGUGGGGAUGCCGGUGAAGCAGCUGUUUAACCACAGUUGAAUCAUGGGAAAUGUGGAGAGUCAAAAUGGGGUCAGUGGUUUCAACGGCGAUGUGACGGGACACCUCUCCCGCAAGCACACGUCACGCUCCCUCCGUCUCUCCAACAAGCAGCCGAUCACCCGCCGCUCCCGGACCUCUUCUUCAGUGAAACAGGAACACAGGAACUCCGAAGCCUCAACUCGCUCCUCCAGCACCCCUAGCAUCCCACAAUCCUUAGCAGAGAACGGACUAGAACCUUUCAACGCAACAGAUGCGUUUGGUGAUUUUGGCAUCAGCCCUCACUGGACACAGCGCGUUGCUAUGACAAUGAGGCCGGAGUCCUAUCAGCAUGAUGACGACCUCUUGGCCACACCAACUCCUGAAACCUCAGAGGCGGACACUGUCGCUCACGAUGGAGGAGAGGACUCCAUGGGGGAGGGGGAUGGAGACGUUGUUGGAGAGGAAAGGUACCUCCAACGAAUGACUGAGGGUCCCCAGGAGGGAGGGAGUUUCAAAAAGAAGCGGUCAAAGUCAGCGGACAUGUGGAGAGAGGACAGCCUGGAGUUUUCUCUGUCUGACCUGAGCCAAGAGCAUCUGACCAGCACUGAGGAGAUGAUAGAUGGAGGAGAGGAAGAGGAGGAGGAGCAGUUCACACUCCCCAGAGGCACUGCAGGCUCAGCUGAAAGGGCAUCGUCUCUGGACCAUCUGUGCAGCCAGCAAAGUCCGGGCCUCAGGGGGCAAAGGAGCCGCUACACUAAAAACCGGAGAGAAGCCGAGUGCGAUGGAGAUGGAGAAGGGGAGGAGGGGCUGAUGUCUCCUGAGGAGGACAGUGGCGGGUAUGGAGCUUUUACGCUCCCUUGCCGGCGUUCCCACUGCCUGUCUGAGGGCUUGGCAGGGCUCGGCAUCACAGCUGCACCAUGCCCUGCUUUCCAGGGACGACGCGCACAAACAACUCAGGACAUUUCAGGUGUUUUAGGCGAGGGAAGUGAGUAUGGUGACAGUGGCAUCGACGGUGUCACCACGGAGAUAGAUGGGGACGGAGAGUUGGUGUCACGACGCUGUAAGGCCAUGUCAGCGUCUUUCUCAGUGUACUCGGCGACCGAGAGCAGCGUAUUCAACGGCAGCGACAGCGGAAGCAGCAGCGCAGGAGGAGGAGAAGGAAGAGGCGGCGAAGGAGGCAGGGGUGGAGUUUACGAGAACUUCCGGAAGGAGCUGGACAAUCAAGCCUGGACACAUCAGGGCCGGGACUGCACGGAGGAGGCGGGCUCUGCUGUAAGUGAUGAGCAGAGCAGCGGCACGCUCAGUAGUGCUUAUCCAUCGGACGCUCUGAUGGGCUGUGCACAAGGCACGGUCAGGAAAGCAGGGGCUUUGGCUGUGAAGAACUUCUUGGUUCACAAGAAAAACAAGAAGGUGGAACCUGCAACGAGACGCAAGUGGAAACACUACUGGGUCUCUCUGAAAGGCUGCACUCUUUUCCUGUAUGAGUCAGACGGACGUUCGGGGAUCGACCAUAACAGCGUUCCUAAACAUGCGUUGUGGGUGGAGAACAGCAUUGUCCAGGCUGUACCUGAACAUCCUAAGAAAGACUUUGUCUUCUGCCUUAGCAACUCAGUAGGAGAUGCCUUCCUCUUCCAGACGUCAGGUCAGACAGAACUGGAGAACUGGAUCACGGCGAUCCACUCGGCAUGUGCCGCCGCUCUUGCUCGGCAGCACCACAGGGAGGACACGGUGCGGCUGCUGCGAACGGAGAUCCGCAAGCUGGAGCAGAAGAUCGACAUGGACGAGAAGAUGAAGAAGAUGGGAGACAUGCAGCUGUCCACCGUCACCGACGCCAAGAAGAGGAAGACAAUACUGGAGCAGAUCUUCCUGUGGGAGCAGAACUUGGAGCGGUUUCACAUGGAUCUGUUCCGCUGUCGGUGCUACCUGGCCAGCCUGCAGGGCGGCGAACCCCCCAACCCCAAACGCCUGCUGGGCUUUGCUUCACGUCCCACCAAGUUGGCCAUGGGUCGACUGGGCAUCUUCUCUGUCUCUUCCUUCCAUGCACUGGUUUCAGCCCGUACAGAAAGCAGCGUCAGGAGGCGGAGCCAGGCCAUGCCUCGCACCUUCAGCAAACGUCGUAGCCGUUUCUCCUCCCUCUGGGGACUGGACACCACCUCCAAGAGGAAGACCAAGGGACAUCCUUCAAUCAACCAGGUAUUUGUUGAUGGGACGGAGCCGGUGAGGAAACCAUUGGAACGGAUGUUUGAAGACUCCGCCAGUGAGAAAUCUAAGGAGAGAGAGGGCUCAGUGAAAAGUCUUCCUCAGCAAAACGUAGACAGCGACAUUUGGGUUCCUGAUUACCUGACUCCCUCCUGGGUAUGUCUCCCGAACAAUCAGCCCGUCCUGGCCAUCAUACAGCCUGCUGAGACAGUGCUGGAAGUCCUGAGCACAGUAUGCAAGACCCAUAAGAUAGACCCAUCCGGCCACUAUCUGCGUCUAAAGGUGUGGGUUGACAACCAAAUGCUCUUCUAUGUUCCUAAACUUGAAGAGGACAUCUCUGAUCUGCUCUACAAAGAGAUUGAGAUCAGUCCCAAAGCUACCAAGGUGAUCCGCUUCGACAAAGCCGAGUCCUGCUCCAUCGGAUAUGGUUUUUCUGUGGAGGUUAUAGAUGAGGAUGGGACGCAGCAGCUCCAUAUUACUGAAGUGAAAGCAGGGGGACUGGCCUCUGCUAAAGGUUUGAAAGUAGGGGAUGAGAUCCUGUUGCUGAAUGGUAAACCCGCAUCCGCCCUCCAAAUGGAUGACAUGAGGGCUGCAUUUGUAAACCAAGCGUUGACCCUGAGCGUCAGCACUCUGCCCCAGCUGGACUCUUUGGUGCUGUGCUCUAAUCCACCACGGCGCUCCGAUGGGGAGCAGGACCUAGCCACAGACAUCUUCUCCCAGAGCCAAGAGGACAUCCUGGAUGAGGUGUCAGGGUUGACAGUAGAGAGUCUAGAUGAGAGUUUGGCGGAAGGACCUCGGCUGACCCUGCAGAGCCCCGGAGAUCAUCAGGAAGACAAGACCUGCACGGGGGCUGAACAGAAGAGCACGGAGCAGGUCACUGCUUUCUGCCGCAGUCUCCAUGACAUGAAUCCCCUGGAAUGCCCUAUGUCAUCCUCCUCAUCCUCGUCUUCGUCAUCCCUCUCCCCGAGCCCUGUGUCAGCUUUGCCGCCCACAGCAGGCGCUGCCACCCAGAGACAGCUCUCCCACGCAGACAAACUCCGCAAGGUCAUCAAUGAGCUGGUGGAGACAGAGAAGACUUACGUCAAAGACCUGAGGUGCCUAAUAGAGUGCUAUUUGACACCCUUGCAAAAAGAGAGCUUCCUCACACAGGAUGAGCUGGACGUUUUGUUCGGUAACCUCGGGGAGAUGGUGGAGUUCCAGGUGGAGUUUCUCCGGACGCUGGAGGAUGGAAUCAGACUGGUGCCAGAUCUGGACCGCUUGGAAAGGGUGGAGCAAUUUAAGAAAGUGCUGUUCUCCUUGGGUGGUUCAUUCCUGUAUUAUGCUGAUCGCUUCAAGAUCUACAGCGCCUUCUGCGCCAGCCACACCAAGGUUCCAAAAGUUCUGACUAAAGCCAAGACUGACCCCGAUUUCAAGGCUUUCCUGGCUGAGAGGAACCCCAGACAGCAACAUUCAUCCACGCUGGAGUCUUACCUGAUCAAACCCAUUCAGAGGGUCCUGAAGUACCCACUGCUGCUGAAGGAGCUCUACUCUCUCACGGACCCUGACAGUGAGGAACACUACCACCUGGAUGUUGCAAUGAAGGCCAUGAACAAGGUUGCAAGUCACAUCAACGAGAUGCAAAAGCUUCAUGAGGAGUAUGGGGCUGUUUUCGACCAGCUCAUCAACGAACAGACUGCAGAUAAAAAAGAGGUGGCUGACCUCUCGAUGGGGGAUCUUUUGCUACAUUCCACUGUGAUGUGGAUCAACCCUCCAGCCUCUUUGGUCAAGAGCAAAAAGGACCCAGAUUUGGCUGCUUUUGUGUUCAAAACAGCAGUUGUGUUUGUGUACAAAGACUGCUCCAAGCACAGGAAAAAAAUCGGUGGAUCUCACCGUGCGUCCGUGAGUGAUGACAAGGAUCCUUUCCGUUUCCGUCACAUGAUCGCAACUGACUCUCUACAAGUCCGUGCCCUUGCAAACUCUGAGGGUACAGCAGUGUGUGAGAUAGUUCACACAAAGUCUGAAUCUGAGGGAAGACCAGAGAGAACCUUCCAGUUGUGCUGCAGUUCUCCGGAUAGUAAAAAGGACUUCCUGAAAGCGGUCCAUUCCAUCCUUAGGGAAAAACAGCGCCGCCAGCUACUUAAGACUGAGUCUCUGCCACCCAACCAGCAGUACGUCCCAUUUGGAGGGAAGCGCCUGUGUGCCCUCAAAGGGUCACGGCCCACCAUGAACAGAGCAGCUUCAGCUCCAUCUCGAUCGCUGGCCCGCAGGAAGCUGGUGAGGAACCGCUUCACCAUCGACACAGACCUAGUUUUCCACGGCAACAACAACAAUAGCAACGAUUCCGACCCCUCCCGCCACUCUUCCUACCCUUCCUCCUACUCGUCGCUGUCCAAUCAUGGCCUUCUUCAAUCCCACAAGCCUCAAGGAGAGGACACAGACCGUUGGGUGGAAGAGCAGUUUGACCUGGGUCGCUAUGAAGAUCAGGGAGAGGGAAUUGACGUGGGGCAGGUGAAGGAGACAGACAUUUUGAGCGACGACGACGAGUACUGCAAGUCUGUCCGAGCUGCAUCAUCAGAACCCAUCGACCUGGAGGGGAAGAUGGACGGACUCAACCUGCAGGCCAGAGAGGCGAGGAGCCAUAACCUGAACGGGCGAGUAGAGACUGGAAGUGAGGUCAUCCAGGGCGUGAUGCGGGAGGACGAAGUUGAUCGAAUGAAGCGAGGUGACGAUUCAGGCUCGGUAGACUCCUACACCUCCUGUGGCGUCCCUCUAUCCCGUUGUGCAACCCCCACUCUAAAGCUUGCCCCUUUGAAGCAGUGUGCCGUGGAGGGAGCCGCAAACAAGGACCAUGAUGUCAUCUGGGUGCGACGGGACGACUUUACUAACGGGUGCAACAGUGACGUCUUCUGAUGGGGAUUAGAAGACGGGAUGAAGAAAGGAGACAAUGGAUGGUUUCUUUCACUUUUUACUUAAAGGAGGAGUGCAAGAAAAUAGGGGAGAGAUCUAAUAGAAGCUUUAAAUAUGUAGAAUUUGGAGGAGAACGUGUGUAUAGAAGGUAUUAAACCUCCCUGAAUCUCUACACAACCCUCUCCUUUCCACCUCACCUGCAUCUCCCCUGUUCUGACAAUCCUAAAACCACCAGAGAACGCGCUGAGCUUUACCUGGGGUUUCUGUUGUGACCUAGAGAUCCUCGUCCUGAGCCGCUUCUAGCGAACCUGGAAAAAAAAAAAAAAACUGUUUUGGACAUACAUCCAGGCAUUCCACACUUGGUAUGAACAAGACAGCACUGCAUGUACACGCAAGUAAACAAGCAAGUGUGUGUAUGUAUACUGUAGGUGCAUAUAGUACACGGAAGCACAGACACAGAGACUCUAGGCAGCUACUGUACCAUGCACACAUAAAACUGAAGAGACGCCAUCACUGAACUGUGACCUUCUGGCCAAAAAUGUCUAUUUUUCAACACAGGAAUGGGGGUGUUAUAUUUUUCUGACUCGGAAACUGUGUUUGUAUUUUAACACUCAAGGGCUGUGUGUUAGUGAAUUUCUCUUCAGGGGCUUUUGGCUUAAUGACUGCUGUGUAAAAGAUGGUGAGAUCCAACUAGCUUUACUGUGCUUUAAUUGUUUUAACUUAAUAUCAGCUGCACAUCGGUGUAUAGUCAGGAGUACAAAUAGAGUGCCGUUAACCUCUUGUAUAAAAAAAGUUUUGAAGCUCACUUUUGUCUCCUAUAAUAAUAUCUUUUUAAAAGAUAGUUUGGACAAGAGAUAGUCUACCUAUUCUUUAUUUAAUUAUUGCCUUUUUACUGUAAUUUUUAAUGUUUACACCACAUUCAGCUGCCCAGUGUUACAAGCCACCCUUUGUGUGUUUGGUACCAGAAACGGGCUUAAGAGAGCCAGCGUUUGUGCCCUUCACAUGAAUGUCCAGUCUUUUAUUCAGUUGCUUAAAUAAAAUGGCAUUGUUAUUUUGGUAACCGAUGGAUUUCAUCAAGAUCAUUAAUAUACCAGACCCUUUCUCGCCCCAAAGGUCACUCUUCAUGCUCCGUGUCCUUGAUAAAUAACAUAAUAAUUCCCGCAACAAUCCUGUUUUACUUGAAUUUUCUUUGUUGUUUUGAAAGGGGGCGUUCGACAGAGCCAUGUUAGUGACUGCUGUAUCUCCUAGGAGACGAGCAGUCAUGCAGUUGACCUUUCAUCCUUGGAUUGACUCAGUCCUCUUCUGCUCUCUCCCGCUCCUUUUGACCUUUGUCAUGUCAAGCAGCGUCGCAACCCACAAAGAAGCCGGCUGAGUCAGACUUCACAUCCAUGACAUUUGGUAUCUUUUUAUUUCCGCUUCACCCCUCCUGCAUUUCUACUCUUAUCCACCAGGCUGUGCUGUUUCACUAUACGUCAUCACAACAACACCUGAUCACUGAGAUCAACACAGUCAUGCACACCUUUUAAUGGAUGUAUUGUACAUGCACUUAAUACCCAGCUGUGAGGAGGGAAAUCUGUGUGCUACACUGAUUUGGAGUGUGAAGAGAGUGGAGGGAAAUACACUUUGGAUGUUCUUAUUAUUGUCUUUUUAUUAUGAUGCUGGUUUCUGAGAUUUUAGCUUGCUGGGUGAUGCUCGGUAAGGACGUUCAGACUGUGAGGUACAAUCACUUGUCCUUGGACAGAAAUCCUGUGAGAACCCCUUUGACUCUUCCCUUUGUACUUUUAAAACUGUGUUCGUACAUAAAACUGUGGAGUAUUAUCAUUUUUAUGUUAAAAUAAAAUUUCUACAUUUA